CUCAUUUUCGCCUGGCAAGUCAGCUGCUCUGUGUUUCAGACUGGAGCCGUUGGCUGCUACUGAACCGUUUGGCUCUUUUCUCUACUAGCGAGCAAACCUACAAUCUGACCAAACUGUCCACCCAGCUCGUUUUAAGGGGAUUUAUCAUCAUAUAUGCCCGUGUAUCCAAAACACAUCGGUCAUUGGGGAUUCCUAGCACCGGUUGGCCGGGUCUGAAGGCCGUUAUAACGCUUUUUUUAGGUUUAAUUAGAGCUAGAAAACAACGGUGGAGGAGGAGAUUCCACACUAGAGACAGAGGAGAAGGCACCCCCUCUGAGUGAACUGCAGCUUUAGGUUCUCAGUCCAUGGUACAAGGCCCACUGAACAUACUGGUGGGGCAUACAGACCAACUACUGUGGCUAGGUGUGUGUGUGUGUGCUGACCUCAUGGUGUAACAGAAGUAAAGAUGAGCAUUAGCAGUGAUGAGGUCAACUUCCUGGUCUACAGAUACCUACAGGAGUCAGGGUUCUCCCACUCAGCGUUUACCUUUGGUAUAGAGAGUCACAUCAGCCAAUCCAACAUCAAUGGUGCUCUGGUUCCCCCUGCUGCCCUCAUCAGCAUCAUCCAGAAGGGCCUGCAGUACGUUGAGGCUGAAGUCAGCAUCAAUGAGGACGGCACAUUAUUUGACGGGCGGCCCAUUGAGUCUCUGUCUCUGAUCGAUGCUGUGAUGCCGGACGUUGUUCAGACGAGGCAGCAGGCGUACCGGGACAAGAUGGCCCAGCAGCAGGCUGCCGCUUCAGCACCGACAUCGGCCACUGGGGGCAGCAUCGCCGGCAACGCCAAGAACGGAGAGAAUACUGCCAACGGGGAGGAGAACGGAGCCCAUGCCUUAGCUAACAACCACGCAGACCUGAUGGAGGUGGAUGGAGAUGUGGAAAUCCCUCAGAACAAGGCUAUGGUCUUGAGGGGCCACGAGUCCGAGGUCUUCAUCUGUGCCUGGAACCCAGUCAGCGAUCUGCUGGCGUCGGGGUCAGGUGACUCGACGGCUCGAAUCUGGAACCUGAGUGAAAACAGCACCAGCAGCUCCACACAGCUGGUCCUGAGACACUGCAUACGAGAGGGGGGGCAGGACGUCCCCAGCAACAAAGACGUCACCUCGCUGGACUGGAAUAGCGAAGGUACGCUGUUGGCGACGGGCUCCUAUGACGGCUUUGCCAGAAUAUGGACAAAGGAUGGGAACCUAGCCAGUACACUUGGCCAGCACAAAGGUCCCAUCUUUGCCCUUAAGUGGAACAAAAAGGGCAAUUUUAUCCUCAGUGCAGGAGUAGACAAGACAACAAUCAUAUGGGAUGCCCAUACAGGAGAAGCCAAACAACAGUUUCCCUUCCAUUCAGCUCCGGCACUAGACGUCGAUUGGCAGAGCAACAACACGUUUGCCUCCUGUAGUACGGACAUGUGCAUCCACGUCUGUAAACUGGGACAGGACAGACCCAUUAAAACAUUCCAGGGACACACAAACGAAGUAAAUGCAAUCAAGUGGGAUCCCACAGGGAACCUGCUAGCCUCCUGCUCGGACGACAUGACGUUGAAGAUUUGGAGUAUGAAGCAGGACUCGUGUGUCCAUGACCUGCAGGCCCACAGUAAAGAAAUCUACACCAUUAAAUGGAGCCCCACCGGCCCAGGAACCAACAAUCCGAGCGCUAACCUCAUGCUGGCCAGUGCGUCCUUUGACUCGACAGUUCGUCUUUGGGAUGUGGAGAGAGGCAUCUGUAUCCAUACGCUGACUAAACACCAGGAGCCCGUCUACAGCGUGGCUUUCAGCCCUGAUGGUCGGCAUCUGGCCAGUGGCUCCUUUGACAAAUGCGUGCACAUCUGGAAUACUCAGACGGGCGCUUUAGUCCACAGUUACAGAGGGACGGGAGGGAUCUUUGAGGUUUGCUGGAACGCAGCGGGGGACAAAGUGGGAGCCAGCGCAUCAGAUGGAUCUGUGUGUGUACUAGACCUUCGGAAAUAGUGUUGCUGUUUGUUGGAAGCCAUGGACCGACCAUGAAUGUGUACAUAGCCAAAUGACUGUCCCUGCCUGCCCUGCGUACUGCUCUCGCUCACGACUAUGGCCCCGCCCACCGACAGACAGGAAGCAGGAACAGGAAGCAAGCACCCGACACAGCAGGUCCAGAAACGGGAUGAAUGGACGGAGAGACAGACGGACGGAGUAACGGGCGGAUGGAAGCGCCCCUCUCCAUCUGUGCAGACUCUGACCGAGAUGCAGACGGGACGCUUGAAAAAACAAGAAAAAAAACCUCAUAAGACAAAAAAAAGUUACAGAUCCGUAUAUGUACCAAAAUUUGGAAGCGAUUUUGCUUUUUUUGAUCUUUAAACCAUGCUCAUGUGUCAUCAAAAUGAAAAACAAUGAAAAAAGUGUUGACCUUUGUUACUAGUUGGAGCUCAUUGUGAAGACAUAUCAACUUCUCCACCAUAAAAUAGGAUGGCACUUAGUUUUUUUUUAUUUUUUAUUUCCGAUCUCUUGUUUCAAUGUUUUUAUACUUUUUAUCUUUGGGGGGGGCAGAGAUUCGUUGACAUGCAUCUAAACGCACUCGGACGUGCACACCAUGCAGUGUCCUCGUCGCUUUUUUUCUGGUCUUUCAGUCGCGAGGUGGACCUCAAAGCGGACUGGUUGUUCUGCAGAGGCUGUGCACACGACACAGAUGCUGUAAAGACGGCUCCUCUGCGCACUGAUUGAUCUAGAUGUUUUUACCCACAGUGCACCUCUCUGCACCUUCGGCCAUAGCAGCUACUUGUGUGAUGGAGAACCUUUCAAUUGGCAGGAGGCUAAAUGUUUGAGGCUGUUGGGAGUUUUAUUCAGACCUCAGUCGUCAGGUCCCGUCUGCGAUUACACUCUGUCCUCGUCAGCCAGUAGGAUUCCAGCAUUCUUUUUAUUUACAUUUUAUUUUUACGUUCAACAAAACUGAGUUCAGGACUUGAAACGUGUUUAAUUGGAUUCCCGCUCAAAUCCCCAAACUCCCGACGGUUGCUCCCUGUUUAGUUCACGCAGGGGCUCUGGAGGCAGAACGGAUCCCAGGCAGAUGGGCGGAGCCAAAGACGUGGAUGAUGUCACCGGCUUCAUGAGCUCCUUCCAUCAUGUGGGAUGUUUUUAUGUAAACAAGUGAAGCCAAAUACAGUUUGUGGUCCCUUUUGAUAGAAUGUGAAUCACUACGGUUAAAGUUAAAGGUUUAUUAUUGUCAUACAGCGUUUUAACCGAUCAGCUGGUCUCUGGUUCCGCUCACUCUGACUUUUUGGGAACGGUUCCUAACUUUUGGGUCGGUCUGAAGAAAUGCGUCACUCUUGCACCUCUGACAUCUUUUAAAUUGUAUUUUGACGAAUUUGAAGUCCACCGCUCCGGUUCUCUGUUGCUCCACCCCUGUCAAACCGUAGUGACUCCAGAGCAGCUCUGCCUCCCAAACUAUAAUCCAUAAAUGAGCCCCCACAUUCCCCCGGAUGGAAGAGAGCGCCUCAGUAUGACUUUUGGCUGCCUUUAUUUAGAAAGAGGAUGUGACGUUCUGUAUGGUUUCCCCUUUCCUUUGUCAUGCCUUUUGAUAACGCAGCCCCCUACCCCCACAACCCCCACCUCCCCCUUCUCCCCCAGUUGAGUCUUACUGGCUGAUUGCUGGCACGAGGUUGCUGUUCAGAGUCGAGCUCAAAAGCAGAUCCAAACAUUAAAGCAAUAUGUGGACAUUUUAUUUUUUGUCUGUUUUUCUUACCAGCUUCUUGUGAUCUCAUGGGGGAUAACGACACUGCAUUUAUGAAGGACACGUCACAGAUGGAAACAUGUGGAGAAGAUAAAGCGGUUCUUCCACAGCCCCGGGAAUCAAAAUCCCAAACUGUUAUUUAAUGCAUUUGAUAGAUGAGCCCCCAUCACCUCCAUCCUUGUCACUUCUUCACCUUCAACACGCUGCUCACAUUUGACUGCGAGGUUCCUCAUUGAUAAGACAUUUUAUACUCUUUUAAAAGCAAAUUAAAGUUACAUUUUUGUAAUUUCUUUGUAGAUUUGAAGAAAAAAACCCUGUAAAUUGAUGAUUUGUUGGCAGUGUUAUUUUCUGUGUUCUCUCCAUUUUAAAGAUCUUGUUCCAUUACUUUGAUGCUUUUGCGAGUAGUAAAGGUUAAAGGUCACUGAAGGCCCCAGGACAAAACUACCACUACAUUUUCUUUAAUAAAGACAUUAACAUUUUCACUUAAAUCUUUUUGGGCAAACUGGACCCCUGAGGAAACUGACUCUUUAUUACAUUUGUGUUUUUGGCUUUGGGAAUUCAUCGGCUUCCCUUUUUGUCAUCGCUCGAUCGGAGAGUUUCUCUGGAAUCAGAUUUAAUGUGAGAUAAAUUUGCGCAGUUGGAUGCUCCGAGGGGGUUCUCUGCCUGGUUCAUCACAGGAGAAUGGACUGAAGUCUGUGGUGGUCAUGCUGAGGUUAGUGAAAUCCUCUCAGUUGGAUGCGCCUUCAUCAGAUUGAGAACAUUUAGGCCACCUGGUUACCAGAUAUGUGAUUUGUUAUUGGCUGCGUGCUGCCCAACUCGGUCGCUGGUCACUUACAGAGUUAGACUGAAAUGUCAACACCCUUUUCUGUUCUCUGGUGCUAUUUGACUGCCCCCGGAGAAAAGGCCCACCCAGAGAAAUCUGCAAUUUAGGUUAGUGACCAACAUUUCAGAUUAAACCCAAAUAGUUGAUUCUGCCUCCAGAGCGGCUCUUCUUACAAACCUUUGUACAACUACAAAUCCACUUUCUGUCCUCCUGUGUCCUUCUGUGGUAAAUUGGGUAUUUCUACAGAGAUUUCAUGCCAAUCCUGUGCACUAUUUCCUCAUUUUUCUUUUCUUUUCUUUCCCGUAUUUAAAGCACUUGAGCCAACAAUCGUUUUGAAAAUGUCCCGCGUCAUGCCCUCUCACUUUGUCUUGGUAAACGUGGCUAAUGUCGCUGAGUCAGCCUUUAUUUGUACAGUCGAAACGGCGUCCCCGCCCCCGGCUCUCGAAGCCAAAUUGAUUUCUUUUCCUUCUGCAACUUGCAUCACAUUGGUCUGUUAUCAUUGAAGUCAGAUUGGUAAAACUAAAGUCCUGAAUAAAAUAUAUUUUGAUAAGA